GGCUUCCGGUGACCUCUGGCCUUUUUCUGCAGUCCUCUUCCUUUGCCUAACGUGCUCUCUCCUUGCUUGCUUUCCUUCUUUCCGUACGGUGUGUGUCUUUACACGCUACCUGCUGACUGUGGCGCCUGUGACUGGUAAAGAGGAGGUAGCAGAGGACAUUCGUCAUGGCCGCCUCUAAGCCAGUGGAGGCGGCCGCGGUCGUAGCGGCUGCGCCCAGCUCCGGGAGUGGAGUGGGCGGAGGCGGCGGGACUGCGGGACCCGGGACUGGGGGCCUACCGCGAUGGCAGCUGGCGCUGGCUGUCGGGGCGCCCCUGCUGCUGGGCGCGGGAGCGGUGUACCUGUGGAGCCGCCAGCGGCGGCGCCGGGAGGCCGGAGGCAGGGGCGACGCCACCGGUUUGAAGCGCAACAGCGAGCGGAAGACCCCGGAGGGCAGGGCCAGCCCAGCCCUGGGCAGCGGACAUCCAGAAGGCUCCGGCGCCCACCUGGAAAUGAACUCUCUUGAUAGAGCCCAGGCAGCCAAAAACAAAGGCAAUAAGUAUUUUAAAGCAGGAAAGUAUGAACAAGCUAUUCAGUGCUAUACAGAAGCUAUCAGUUUGUGCCCUACAGAGAAGAACGUUGACCUUUCCACAUUUUAUCAGAAUAGAGCUGCUGCCUUUGAACAGUUGCAAAAAUGGAAGGAGGUGGUACAAGAUUGUACAAAGGCUGUUGAACUUAAUCCCAAAUAUGUGAAAGCUCUCUUUAGACGUGCAAAAGCCCACGAGAAGCUAGACAAUAAGAAGGAGUGUUUAGAAGAUGUCACUGCUGUGUGUAUAUUAGAAGGGUUCCAAAAUCAACAAAGCAUGCUGUUAGCUGAUAAAGUUCUUAAACUUCUUGGGAAAGAGAAAGCCAAAGAAAAAUACAAGAAUCGUGAACCUUUGAUGCCAUCUCCACAGUUUAUCAAAUCUUACUUCAGUUCCUUCACUGAUGAUAUCAUUUCUCAGCCCAUGCUGAAAGGAGAGAAAUCUGAUGAAGAUAAGGACAAGGAAGGAGAAGCUCUGGAAGUAAAAGAAAAUUCUGGAUAUUUAAAAGCCAAACAGUACAUGGAAGAAGAAAACUAUGAUAAAAUCAUAAGUGAAUGCUCAAAAGAAAUAGAUGCUCAAGGAAAAUACAUGGCAGAAGCAUUAUUACUCCGAGCUACCUUCUACUUACUUAUUGGCAAUGCCAAUGCUGCCAAACCUGAUUUAGAUAAGGUCAUAAGUUUGAAAGAAGCUAAUGUGAAGCUUCGAGCAAAUGCUCUCAUCAAAAGAGGCAGUAUGUACAUGCAGCAGCAGCAGCCUUUACUGUCUACUCAGGACUUCAACAUGGCAGCAGACAUCGAUCCUCAGAACGCUGAUGUGUAUCACCACCGAGGGCAGCUGAAAAUACUUCUUGAUCAAGUUGAAGAAGCAGUGACAGAUUUUGAUGAAUGUAUUAGGUUGAGGCCUGAGUCUGCCCUGGCACAAGCUCAGAAAUGUUUUGCAUUGUAUCGCCAGGCAUAUACAGGAAACAAUUCUUCACAAAUCCAAGCAGCAAUGAAAGGUUUUGAAGAGGUCAUAAAGAAAUUUCCAAGAUGCGCUGAAGGCUAUGCACUGUAUGCCCAGGCCUUAACAGAUCAACAACAAUUUGGUAAAGCUGAUGAAAUGUAUGAUAAAUGCAUUGAUUUAGAGCCAGAUAAUGCCACAACAUAUGUUCAUAAAGGCUUGCUUCAGCUUCAGUGGAAGCAAGAUUUGGAUAGAGGUUUGGAGCUUAUCAGCAAAGCUAUUGAAAUCGAUAAUAAAUGUGAUUUUGCAUAUGAAACCAUGGGAACUAUUGAAGUGCAAAGAGGAAACAUGGAGAAAGCCAUUGACAUGUUCAACAAAGCCAUUAAUCUGGCCAAAUCAGAAAUGGAGAUGGCACACCUGUAUUCCCUUUGUGAUGCUGCCCAUGCCCAGACAGAAGUUGCAAAGAAAUACGGGUUAAAACCGCCAACAUUAUAAAACAAGGGGAAAGGAGACUGACCGACCUUCUUUUUAAAAGAAGUUUACUCCCUCUUCAACUGAACCAUAAACACAGUCAUGAACAUGUUGAAUGGUGGAAUUGAGUAUUCCCCUUUGUGGUGUCAAUCAUUACAUCUGUUUCAUGUUUAAGUGUUGUGGGCGUGGCUGUCAAAGGAAGUUUUUGGUCUUGCAGCUUUUAUUCCCUGUGCAACAAAAGCUUAGAACCUGUUAAAGGGAUAUUAAAAUACAGUUGCAGAGUUCAAAAAAUAAUUGGCCAUGCAAAUAAAAACUUUGAUUUAUUGAUUUGUUUUUGGUUUUAUUUAAUGGGAUUGGGGAUUGUUAUAUUCUGGAUGAUUUUGACUUUAUGUGUACAAUAUAUGAGUAUUUACAUAAUGUUUUUAAAUUAACACAGUAAGUGUUGUAAAAUAGAUUCCUAUAUUCAAAUAAUCCUUUUUAGUUGAUUUUUUUUAAGGAUGCAGAACUUAAAUAUAGAUUACAGUAAAACUGAGACCCUUUAAAUCAUUGUCAGCAUGGAGAAUGCCUCUGAUCCUGCAGAACUUUAAAAACUGAAAAUCUGUAGCAGUUGGUUUCCAUACAGUAAAUUAUUCAGAAAUAAAAUAUUCUGAUUGCUAUAUACAAAUAUAUGAAGACUCCUAGUGAGAAAUGGACCAGAAAAAGAGGUAAGAGGAAAGCAAGUGUGUUUGUAAUUAUCCAUAGCUAUUUUGUGUAAUGAGUACUGCUACUUAAUGUAUGUUUAAAUAAAGUAUGAAUUGUUUAUGUGUACAGUCGGAACAAAGAUGAAAUAAGUGGGAUAUGUGGGAGUAUUUAUCAUAAAUUUUCUAGUGAACAAAAGGUGGCUAAAGGUUCAAAAAGAAUAUAAAUCUUGUACCCAAAGCAGAGUAUUUUUUGAAAAUGACAGAUUUAAUGCGUUAAACUACCUGUGCUUAAAUAAAAUUUUGAGCCAGUAUUUUUAAGCAUGCUAAUAAGUACAUGUAAAGUGUGUUCUGUUGAACCUUAACCUAGGACUAAUGGCCGCAGCCCAGGUCUUCACUGCAGAUAGUGACAGCAGAUUUUUGUUUCAUGGAGUUCUGCUCCUUAUUUCGGGAACCACUUUAAGGUGUAUUUCUAGUUGUCACUUUUAUAGACCAUCCUUUUACUCAUAUGCUGGAUUUUUCUGAUGAGGAAGUGACUGUUUUCAUAAAAAGUAUUUUGAGGUGUCUGGGACAUGGAGAGAUUUAAGAUGUGAGUAUAAUAAAAGAGCAAGCUUUCUGUUACACUUGUCAAGAAAUGAAGUCUAGUUGUUGACAAUAAAGAAGCAUUUUGCCCUCUUUAACAGGGUGCUUUAUUCUAUUAAAAAUGAUUUUGUUUACAAAUGCUGUCAUGGUAGAAAUUAUUCACCUUUCAAGAUCAGGCUUUGAAAAGAUUGAGGAGGCCUCUGGCUGAUUUCAGUAGGGGCAAAUGAGUUGACUGAGACAAUGGGAAGUUGGAAAGCUCUGUAUUUUGUUUCUAAAUUAUGGCAGUCCUUAAAUGCAGACAUGUUCUACAUCUCUGAUCUGACUUUAAAAAAAGUUUUUAUUUGCAUGGCUGUAAUUACAUUAAUACUGAUGUGUCCUUCCCAUCUUCCUUUUUUCCCCUUGGGGUUGGAUAGGAAAAAAACCCUGAAGCAUGUGCCAUUCUUUACAGUCAUUCCAGAUUCUCACAGACCGUUGCCUGUUGUGAAAAUAUUUGAAACUGCACUGAAAGCUGCAUCUGUCUGUAUCUUUUCUUUUGUAAAUGACCUCACAUGUAAAUUCACCAAAUAAAUAUUACCUUCAA